UACAUAUAAUGAGAUUCCCCCUCCUCUCUCUUGCGUAAACAAAGCACUCAUAGCCUGACAGCCAUGAUCCUGAUGCACAGAGCGUUGAAUAUUGUGUUUCCUCUUGCAAUGCUCAUUUUACUCCUGAUAAUUCUACCACCUUAUCUUGUGUUCAAGUUGCUGAGCUACAUUAAAAGAUCCAUAUUCAGUGAAAAUGUGGCCGGAAAAGUUGUUCUCAUCACUGGAGCAUCUUCCGGCAUUGGUGAGGAUCUUGCUUACGAAUAUGCUGUAAGAGGAGCUAGAUUGGCCCUUGUUGCAAGAAGAGAAGACCGUCUUAGAGCAGUAGCUGAUAAAGCCCGUAAUCUGGGUUCGCCAAAUGUUUUUCAUGUCCGUGCGGACGUUUCUAAGGUUGAAGACUGCAAACGAAUCAUUGAUGAGACGUUGAACCACUUUGGCCACCUUGAUCAUUUGGUUAAUAACGCUGGGAUUUCUCAAGCUGAGUAUUUCGAAGAUUGCACUGAAGUCUCUGAUUUGACUCAUAUUAUGGAUGUAAAUUUCUGGGGCUCAGCAUUUUGCUCGCGUUUUGCCAUUCCACAUCUAAAGAGAAGCAAAGGGAAAAUUGUUGUGAUAUCAUCGGUAGCUCCUUGGUCACGAACACCAAAAUUAAGCGUCUACAAUGCAAGUAAGGCGGCUUUAAUAAGCUUUUAUGACACCUUGAGGGUUGAGAUCGGUUCCCAUAUUGGUAUAACAAUCGUGAUGCCUGGGUUGAUCGAUACAGAAAUGACCUCACCUUCUUCACUAGCCAAGGCUGCCAAGGCUGUUAUCAUACCGCCAUACCUUGUGUUCAAGUUGCUAAGUUACAUAAAAAGAUCUAUGUUCACUGAAAAUGUGGCUGGAAAAGUUGUGCUCAUCACUGGAGCAUCUUCUGGCAUUGGUGAGGUUCUAUUGUAUUGUAUGUGGAAAAAAACAAUGGGUCUUGCAUACGAGUAUGCUAGACGAGGAGCUAGAUUAGCCCUUGUUGCAAGAAGAGAAGACCGUCUUAGAGAAGUCGCCGAUAAAGCCCAUGAGCUGGGUUCACCGGAGGCUGUUGUCAUCCGCGCUGAUGUUGCCAAGGUUGAGGAUUGCAAACGAAUUGUAGAUGAGGCAGUGAACCACUUCGGUCACCUGGAUCAUUUGGUUAGUAACGCCGGGAUUUUGCGGGCUGAGUUGUUCGAAAAUUGCAAGCUGUCUGAUUUCGCUCCUAUCUUGGGAAUUUGUUUAAGUUUACAGAGUGUGUCUGGGAUCCUGAGGAAAAGCAGAGGGAAGAUUGUUGCGAUUACAUCAGUGGCAGCUUGGGUACCAACUCCAAGGGCAACCUUCUACAAUGCAAGCAAGGCAGCCUUGGUAAGCUUUUAUGAGACACUCAGAGUUGAAUGCGAUUCCCAUAUUGGUAUAACAAUAGUGCUUCCAGGAUUGAUCGAGUCAGAAAUGACUGUGCCUGAUUCACUGUCAAAGUUUCAAGCCAAGUUUCUCCCACCGAUUGAGUCAACAAGACAAUGUGCCGAAGCAAUUGUGCAUAGCGCUUGCCGUGGUGACAUGUACUUGACAGAGCCAUCUUGGUCGAGUUCUCUUUUCAUGCUCAAGCUGCUAUGUCCUGAAUUAUUUGACUGGUUUUAUCGUUGGAAUUUUAUGAGUGGAUCUAAGAUUGAUCAGCUGUAA